AUGCCAAGACCUGUAAACAGAAACUUAUUAGAUCCAAUAACUGACAGGGAUAUUAACCCUAGGCCUUAUCUUGGCUACAUGUUUGAAACUGCUCAACAUAAUUUAGACUCCGAAAUUUUAAAUGCAAUACGACAACGCUGCUCCACCUUCUUACUGCAAUUACUUAAGGAAUUGCAACAAAGGCUUCCAGACAACUACAAGCAGCUAGAAUCAAUGGUGUUGCUAAGUCCAGAGGAGGCAAUAAAACCAAUUAAAUUAAACACUAUCAUCGUCCUUGCUGAAAUUUUGGGAUUUACAUCAGAAAUAAUAGACAAGAUAAUGCAACAGUGGCACAUUCUACAUAUAAAUAUGUGGCAUUCUGAAGAAAUAGUUCAGUUUUGGGUCGAAGUAAAAAAAAAUUGGAAAUUCUUCCGGCGACAAAAUAUAUCAAGAUAUGAGUACUCUUGCUUUAACUUGCCUUUCACUGCCACAUUCUAA